AUUGGAUUUAGCCUCAACAAUUCGACAAGUGCAUGAUAUUUUCUGGUGAUAUUAUGUAGCAUUAGGGGGGAAACAGCUUGAAGUGAAUAAAAAAAAAUAACAGGUUGAUCUCUGAUUGUGAAUGUGACGAAGUUAUAAAUGAUAUAUUGAUGUGGCAGAAAGUAAAUUGUGGUUUGAUAUAAAUGAACUUGGAAUAUUGAAUGGGUUCAAAAAGAAAUAUGAAUAGGAGGAGACAACAUCAUAUGUAUUUUGGUACAAAAUGGUACAAUAUAUUUGGGGGGAAACAGAGGAUGAAAAAGGAAGACUCGGAGCUAGGCGAGUCCCUGAUUGACAUAACAGAAAAUGGCCACGCUAAAAUGGUUAUUGACAGACCAAUCUUCAACCAGCAGAAACUUGAUGAGGGAUUUGAAGCUGGAGUAAGACCACAAAGUUCUUUGAAGUCUUCAUGUCGGAAGGCAUGUUCAAAAUGUGCAUGCUCAAAGACUUGCUGCAAGAAUUUUCUUUUUGGAAUUUUUCCAUUCUUGUCUAUUCUAAAGGGAUAUAAUGUCAAAUCAGACCUACCAAGUGAUAUUAUAUCUGGACUUACUGUUGGAAUCAUGCACAUACCACAAGGUAUGGCUUAUGGUAUGUUAACAGGCCUGGAUCCAGUAUAUGGACUUUAUGUUUCAUUUUUCCCAGUCAUUGUAUAUUUCUUCCUUGGAACAUCAAGACAUGUGUCUAUGGGCACUUUUGCUGUGGCAUGUCUAAUGGUUGGUUCAGCAGUCGACAAGGGAGUGGCCAAGUUUGGUGGUGUUUAUGAAGGCUGUAAUGAUACUACUGUUUCGAUAGCAGAUAUCAAUGGGACUAAUAUUACCCAAAUUGGCAGUACUGGAGCCUGUCAAGAUGAAAUCAAGUUACAGGUUGCUAUGGCAGUAACUCUGAUGGUUGGACUCAUACAGUUAGGAAUGGGUGUGGCACAGUUAGGAUUUAUAACUACGUACCUGUCAGACCCUUUAGUCAGUGGAUUUACAACGGGAGCAGCCUGUCAUGUAUUUACUAGUCAGAUUACACAUGUGUUUGGUAUAUCUACUGAUAGAUACAGUGGUGCACUCAAACUUGUAUAUACAUACAGAGACUUUUUCACAAAUAUACCACAUACAAAUGCAGUGACUCUGAUAGCUUCUGUAAUAUGUAUGGUGUUCCUGUAUACAAUAAAAACAUAUAUCAACCAGAAUCCAAAAAUAAAACCAAGACUGAAAAUGCCAGUUCCUGUAGAGUUGAUAGCUGUUGUUUUAGGAACUUUAAUUUCCUAUGGUGCUAACUUACAAAGAGAUUUUGGUGUGACACAGGUUGGAGAUAUUCCUGUUGGGAUGCCUAUACCUAAAGUACCAAAUUUCAGUAUGAUACCUGACGUGAUAGCAGACGCCUUUGCCAUCAGCAUUGUUGUUUUUGCCAUUUCUGUUUCCAUGGGCAAAAUAUUAGCCAAAAAAUAUGAUUAUGAGAUUAAUUCCAAUCAGGAGUUAAUUGCAUAUGCAGCUUGUAAUAUAGUCAGUUCAUUCUUCUCAGCCUUUGUCUCAUCAGCAUCAUUAUCCAGAAGUCUGGUUCAAGAAAAUGUUGGUGGUAAAACACAGGUAGUAGGGUUAGUGUCUAGUGCUUUACUUUUAAUGGUCUUGCUGCUGUUAGGACCUUAUUUCAAAACAUUACCUAAGUGUAUCUUAGCAUCUAUAAUUAUUGUAGCGUUACAAGGAAUGUUUAGACAGUUUUUUGAGCUUCAAAGAUUAUGGAAGCUGUCAAAAAUAGAUUUUUUUAUUUGGUUAUCCACAUUUUUAGCCACUGUGCUGUUAGAUGUAGAUCUUGGUCUCCUUGUAGGAGUUGUUAUAGGGUUAUUAACUAUAGUAUAUAGAGUUCAGAGACCAUAUGCAUGUGUAUUAGGUCAAAUUCCAAACACAGAUAUUUAUAGAGAUGUUAAAGUUUAUAAAGAAGCACAAGAAUUUCCAAGAUUAAAAAUUUUCCGUUUUGAAAAUGCUAUAUUUUUUGUUAGUGUAGAACAUUUUCGUAAUACAUUAUAUAAAUGUACAAUAAAUCCUCGACAUUUAAAGACAGAGAUAUCUAAAGCUAAACUGAAAGCAUACAAACAGAGAGAGCAGCAAGAAGUAGAAUAUAAUAUUAGGAAUUCAUCAUCAAAUAUGGAUGGUGGUAGUAUGGAGUUAGCACCUGCAAUUGAUUUACCUGAAGUCACAGUUAAUAUUCCUGCAAUUCCAUAUGAUAUUGUUAUACUGGACUGUUCCACUUGGAGUUUUAUUGAUUCUAUGGGGGUUAAAGCUUUAACUAAUGUAAUCAAAGAAUACAGAGAUGUAGAAAUAGAUAUUUACUUAGCCUUCUGUAAAGCUGGAGUUAGAGAAAUGUUCGAGAAGACUGGUUUCUUUGAUAUGUUAGACAGAGAUAAGUUAUUCCCUACUAUACAUGAUGCAGUAUUACAUACUUUUCAAGCACAGAAAAAGGAUGAACCAAAGACAGAAACAUCAGAGGAUGGUGGUCCCUCUAAGGAGGAAUCAGAAACAAGUCCUCUUGCCACUGAUGGCUCCAGUACAGACGAAGGCUUAGCUAACCAAGCUUCAGAAGAUGAGAGGCUGUGAUGACAGUUGGCAAGAAUUUAAAAUGGCUGCCUUUAACAAACAUUAUGAAAUAAGUGAGAGAGUAAAUUGUGAAAGUUUACAAGUUACAGUGGAAAAAGAAAAUGAAGACAAAGAAGAAAAGAAAAAGA